CCAGUUGGAUGUGAAGAAGAUCUACACAACUUCACCAGGUUGGAGAGAUGGCCUCAGAUCUCAUGGAAGUUGCUGCCCUGGGUCGACCUUUCACCCUAGGAAUGCUCUAUAAUGCUCGGAAAGAUGUACUGAUCCCAGGUAAGUCUUGGACUACUCUCAUGAAAGUUGCUGCCCUGGGUCGACCUUUCACCCUAGGAAUGCUCUAUGAUGCUGGGAAAGAUGUACUGAUUCCAGGUUUGACGUUGUGGGACGAUGAAUCUCUGCAAGGGAAGAUAACUGAAAGCGUUAAACCCAGCAGUCAAUUUGAAAUUACUGCAUCUGACUCCAUUGAAUCCAAGUCCACUCUGCUGGAUGUUGAAGCUUCUCUGAAGGCCAGUUUCCUAUGUGGACUGAUUGAAAUCGAAGGAUCUGCCAAGUAUCUGAAUGAUCAGAAGAAAUUCAGGAAUCAGAGCCGAGUGACAUGUCAGUACAAAUCUACCACCAACUUCAAACAGUUGUCGAUUAUUGACAAAGUAACCCUAGACACCCACCAAAUAGAUGUUAUAAAGAAGAGCUCGGCAACACAUGUAGUCACGGGCAUCCUUUAUGGGGCAAAUGCUUUCUUUGUGUUUGACAGUGAGAAGUUAGACGCCAGCAGUGUUCAAGACAUCCAGGGCAACAUGAAAGCUGUGAUAAACAAGAUCCCCUCAUUUAAUGUUGAGGGCAGAGUUGGCAUCAAGCUGACUGAUGAAGAAAAAGCCCUGACUGCAAAAUGCUCCUGUAAAUUCUUCGGAGACUUCAUCCUUGAAAGCAACCCUGCAACAUAUGAAGAGGCAGUGAAGACCUACGUACAACUUCCAAAGCUACUGGGAGAAAACGGAGAGAAUUCUGUCCCAUUGAAGGUCUGGCUGAUGCCACUGAAGAAUUUGUAUCCCGAAGCUCCUGAGCUGACGAGUGGGAUCAGCGUUGGACUGGUGAGGAAGACACAGAAUGCUCUUGAAGAUUUGAGCGAAAUACAAAUGAGAUGCAACGAUUCUCUUGAAGACAGGGUGAUAAAGAAUUUUCCACAUCUUCAGGAAGAGUUAAGCACUUUCCAAGAUUUGUGUCACCACUAUGCAUCUAACCUCCAGCAGACCAUGGCCAAGAAACUUCCCUCCAUCCGUGAAGGAAAAGAAGAUGAGAGCUCAGCAGAAGAAUUCUUUGAAGAGAGAGACAAGUCACCAUUCAGUCAAGAAAAACUAAGCAAGUGGCUGGAUGAUAAAGAGAGAGAAAUCACCAUCAUCAGAUCCUGUGUAGAUACUAUGGAGGGAGCAAAGAUCGUCCGUAAUCAGUCUGAGCUGGACAGAGAGAUCUUUGCUCAAGGUGUUGAUGAUGCUCUCUGCUUUGUUUUCACCUCCAUAAAAAGCGGUGAUACCUACCUUGAUGAGAUGGCCACCUACAUAGACUCCCCUAAAUUAGGGAGUACCAAUGAAAAGCAGUGGUUCUUCUCAGAUGAAGUUGUUACCAUAAUGAGAGAAAAAGCCAAAACUUUCCAUGACCUCUUCAAAGCACGGAAGAACAACAACCAGUUCCGUUUCCUCAUCACAGUCAUUCCAAAUGAGAAAUACAAAGGAGCAACCAUCUACCACUACAAGAAGGGCAUUCAGGUCACUGAAGAUUUUUCAAAACCUGACCUUCCUCCUGAACAGAUCACAGACAAAAGAGAUUUGAUCUGGUAUGCCUGUGAUCUCACCCUGGACCCAAACACUGCACAGAACUACCUCGCUCUGUCUGAGGGAAACAAGAAGGCAACAAAAGGAUCAGCUUGGCAUAAUUAUCCUGAUCACCCAGAGAGGUUUGACACACAUCCUCAGGUGCUGUGCAGAGAGGAGUUAUCUGGGCGCCAUUACUGGGAGGUAGAGUGGAAUGAUGAUUCAACUUCUGCUAAAUGGAUUUAUGUAGGUGUUGCAUACAAGAGAAUUGUCAGAAAGGGAGGUGGUUCAAAGAGCAGUCUUGGAAAUAAUUCCGUGUCAUGGGCUUUAAUCCAAUAUUUAGGAGGUGGUAAACACACACUGGAGGCAUUUCAUAAAGGUAAGGUAUUAGAACGUACUUUUCCCUCUGAUGGCUGCCACACACUUGGGGUGUAUCUGGACUGGCCUGCUGGCACUCUGUCCUUCUACAAAGUCUCCUUUGACACACUGAGCCACCUCUACACCUUUAACACCACAUUCACUGAUCCUGUUUACCCAGGCUUCUGGUUGAAUUAUGAAAACAACCAUGUCUACAUGCGUCCAGUUGAAUAAGAUCAAUGGAGAUGACUUGUUAGAUCCUUGGUCUGUUUAAACAAUAAAGCAACACCCAAUGUUAGCUUGAACUUGUUUAACAAAUUCCAAAAAAGCAUUCGAAACCCAAAGAGAC